UCAUGCUGCUGCCAGGUCCAGAGUCUCUCAUGGGUCCCUGUACGGCCUCCCAUUGCUGCUGUCUCCAUCGCCACACUCUGCCAUGUGCCACUUUCAGGUCUCCUCACACUGCUGGUGUGUUCCAUUUUUUGUCAUAGGGUGCUGGCAGAUUACGGGCCUCCCAUAGCUGCUGCCAGGCCCCUAAUCUGCCAUGGGCCCCUGUACCGCCUCCUCAUGCUGCUGCCAGGUCCACAGUGUCUCAUGGGUCCCUGUACGGCCUCCCAUUGCUGCUGUCUCCAUCGCCACACUCUGCCAUGUGCCACUUUCAGGUCUCCUCACACUGCUGGUGUGUUCCAUUUUUUG